UCAUGACGCUUUCCUUGUUUCAGAACGCAACAGCCCAGGCAGCCCUUCAAGCCGCCCAACAGGCAGUGACGUUAUCGGGCGGCACAGCCACCACGAACGCCCUGACUCCUGUCAAUUCCACCAUGACAGUCGCCACUACUAACGGCCAGGACAUACAGGGCGGACCCAACACGGUGCUCAGGGUCAUCAUCGAACAUAUGAUAUACCCCAUCAGUCUAGAUAUACUACAUUUGAUAUUCCAAAGAUUCGGAAAAGUACUGAAGAUAGUAACAUUCACAAAAAACAACUCAUUCCAAGCACUGAUCCAAUACCCCGACACCCAAUCCGCUCAAACAGCAAAGCAAGCCUUGGACGGCCAGAAUAUCUAUAACAGUUGCUGUACGCUGCGCAUCGACUACUCGAAAAUGCCCUCGCUAAACGUCAAGUACAACAACGACAAGUCACGUGACUACACGAACCCCAACCUGCCGACGGGAGAUGGCGCUGGCGGAGAUCAGCUGGCUUUGAGCGGAGGAUUGGCAGGCGGAUUAGGGGCGGAUAUACUGUUGUUGGCUGCCCAGCCUAGGCUGGCCAGGGAAAGGCUUGCCGAUUCCCUGCUAAGCGCAGGCGGCGCCACAGCAGCAGCAGCGGCGGCCGCGGCAGCCGCUGCCGGCGCCCCCGGUGUCCUAGGGGGCCCCUUCCUCCACGGAGGCCUCGCGUCGCCCCUGGCGGGCCCCUACGCGGCGGCAGCUGCAGCAGCGGCCGCAGCAAGCGGUUUGCCCGCCGCUCUAGCAGGCAAUUUCGCCGCCCUUCAACAGGCUGCCCCUGGCCUUAGGGGCUUGGCGGCCGCCCCUGGUUUGUCCUUGGCCACGGUGCUGUUGGUUAGCAAUUUGAACGAGGAGAUGGUCACGCCUGACGCUCUCUUUACACUAUUUGGCGUAUAUGGUGACGUCCAACGGGUAAAAAUCCUAUACAACAAAAAAGACUCAGCGUUGGUACAACUUGCAGAACCCCACCAGGCACAUUUAGCGAUCACCCAUAUGGAUAAGCUGAAAGUCUUCGGCAAAAAUAUCAGGGUGAUGUUGAGCAAACAUCAGUCAGUACAAAUGCCCAAGGAGGGCCAACCUGACGCAGGUCUGACCAAGGAUUACAGCCAGAGCCCUCUACACAGAUUCAAGAAGCCAGGCUCGAAGAACUAUCAGAACAUCUACCCGCCGUCAGCCACACUACAUCUUAGCAACAUCCCAGCAACAGUUAACGAAGAGGAUAUCAAGAAAGCGUUCACAGAUAACGGAUUCACAGUUAAAGCAUUCAAAUUCUUCCCGAAAGACAAGAAAAUGGCCCUAAUCCAACUGCCCAGCAUGGAAGAAGCGGUAGUAGCGUUGAUAAAAAUGCACAACUACCAACUGUCAGAAUCGAACCACUUGAGGGUAUCGUUCUCGAAAUCCAGUAUAUAAUGCCCCCUCCACUCACAAACAAAGAACAGUAUUCAUUCCACAAACGUCGAGUCUGAAAGACACGGCGACGCCGAAAAGGUAGCUAAAUAAAAAAAACGUUAUAAUACUGCGCUUAAUUUAUUGUAUUUUAUAUUAUAUAGACUGUUAUUUUUGGCAGGAAUAAGCUUUUGUUACAAAGUAAUUUAGUAUUUUUUUAACGAAUAAGUUUAUGUUACUGUAAGUUAGACGUUAUUUUUUUAUGUUCUCGUAUAUACUCUCAUAUUGUAUGAUCUUUUCGUUUGAGAUUUUUAAGUAUUCCUUUCACCGUCUCUAAUGCUUUUGUUGCGUUUGGUAUUCAGUAUUGAAAAUGGCUUUAAUAUUUAAGCAACUGUUGUAGAAAAAAUUAUAAAAAAUAGGGUUAUGUCAAGAUGGAUACGCGCAAUGUUAUUUUUUGUAAGUUUAUAGAAAUGUUUAUCUCAUGUUGUAUAAGUGACUCGAAAGUUCUUCAUGAAAUGAAACUAAAAUAUUGAACUAUAUAUAACAUGAUGAAACCUACAUAGUAUUAUAUGGGUAGAAUUGUUAGAGAUGUCGCGGAAUUAUACCUAGGUUAACGUUAGAAUUUAGCCACUGAGAUAGCUUAGAAUUAUCUGAAAGGCUUCUAAAAGAUAUACACUCUAAAUGCCAAGUCUGAAUUGCUUCCACACGGAAUACCAGAGCAUAACUAUCACAUCAUCUUAGAAGGGUAUCAGUGUUGCCAAGCGUUUUUAUAUAAAACCUACAGGGGUACGUUCUGACUACAUUUUUUAACGGCCUUGUUAUUUUGCCAUUUUCAAUCAGACUUAGAAAUGUUAUACCAUCAUAUAGUGACUUUUCUCCAGUAUAUGUGUCAGAAAUUCAGCAGCUUAACAAAUGACAUGAACGUCUGGUAUUUCACUAGAAUUUUGAAGCAACGGCAACAUCGCAGUUUCAGCCUGGACGUCAAAACGUCGCUGUAAAUGAAGCGAGCGUAUAUCUUUUAGCGGUUUUCGGAACAACCACAGGGUUCAACUCUACCCUAAAGGUAUGAACGUGUUUUUCGUAAGAGAACCGUUCAUAUUUUUAAUUUUUGCUGGCAUUUUCGUCCGAUCACACCUCACCUUAACAGAAUCUCUCCUUUUUUUCCUACUCAAUCUCGGCGGAAAUGCCGUCAUAGUACAGGACCAUUUGCACUGUUCUACCUUAAAUGAUGACAACAAUAAGCAAUUUCUUAUCUUGCGUAGCACGAGGUUUUAGGGCCACAUUUUUAGUCAACCGUUAAGGACCGAGUGCCGAUUAUGGGUUGGUCAACCCUUGGAUAUUGAACGACUAAUAACGCACCCUUGAGUGAUGCUCAAUGGAGAUUCAACAUUUGCAUUUCAUAGUAUUUUUUAAUUUUGGAUAUCAAAAAUUCAGAAAAUUUUGAAAAUUCUGUAUAUUUUAGGAAUCUUGUAAAUUUUUAAAAUAUGGAUUUUUAAAAUCAGGCUAAUUUUGAAAUUUUUGAAAAUAACGAUUAAAUUGAUUUUUUAAAUCUAGAAAAGUUUUGAAAAUUUUAAAUUUCGGUCACUUCAAAAUGUUUUAACGUACUUUUUUUUGAGUCUUGAAAUUUUUUAUUAUCUUGAUUGUUUAAAAUUUGGUGGUGUUGAGAAUUUUAAAUAUUGUUAUUUUUGUAAAUUAUAAA